AAACAAGUAGAGCAAACUCUCAAAUUCUAUUUAUAGCGGUCACGAGACUGUCAUGGGAUUUUAAGUGAAUCAGAACGUAGAACAGAAAAAAAAGUUACUUUGUGCAGCUGAUUUUCAUCCAAGAUGGGGACUGAAGAAGAAAAGAAACCAUUACUUAAUCAUGAACCAAAUGAUGAUGAAGAAGAAGAAUUAAAAGGAUGUGGUGGAAGUUUAGCUUGUAAUCCAAGGAGGGGGCUGCACAGAUAUCUGGUUUUGAUAAUAAUGUGUUUCCUCAGUUUUGGAAGUUAUUUUUGCUAUGACAACCCAGCUGCUCUACAAGAUACUAUGAUAAAAGAUCUGUCUAUUAAUGAAAGUACUUUUAUGGGCUUUUAUUCCUGGUAUUCCUGGCCAAAUGUCAUACUCUGUUUCUUUGGUGGAUUUCUGAUUGAUAAAUUAUUUGGAGUACGGCUUGGUGCCAUUAUCUUCAGUUUAUUUGUAACUGUUGGACAGGUUAUAUUUGCAACUGGUGCUAUGUUCAACAGUCCUAUUGUUAUGGAUGCGGGUAGAUUUGUCUUUGGUAUUGGGGGAGAAUCUUUAGCUGUUGCUCAAAAUACAUAUGCCGUGAAAUGGUUCCAAGGAAGAGAACUUAACAUGGUCUUUGGUCUACAACUGAGUUUUUCAAGAGUGGGUAGUACAGUAAAUAUGAAUGUGAUGCAUCCUAUUUAUAAGGCUAUUAAUACAGCUCUAGAUGGUUAUAAAUGUUUAGGUGUGGCUCUUUAUGUUGGUGCUGGAAUGUGUAUAUUUUCUUUGAUCUGUGCUCUAAGUUUAGCAUAUUUUGAUAAAAGAGCUGAUAGAGUAUUAAAGAGGAAGGUUUUAAGUUCAGAUGAAAAAAUAAGAAUCACUGAUGUAAAAGAAUUCCCUCUGACAUUUUGGUUAAUAAGUGUUAUAUGUGUAGCUUAUUAUGUAGCUGUAUUCCCAUUUGUAGGACUUGGUUUGGUUUUCUUUGAGAUGAAAUUUGGUUUCAGCCCCACAUUAGCUAACAGUGUUAAUAGUUUGGUAUAUAUUAUAUCAGCAGGAGCCUCUCCAUUAUUUGGUUUCUUAAUUGAUAAAUCAGGCAAAAAUAUAUUCUGGGUAAUAACUGGUAUAUUGUCUACACUGGGUUGUCAUGCUGUAUUAGCUUUCACCUUUAUCAACCCUUUUGUUGCCAUGAGUAUAAUGGGCUUAGCAUAUUCAAUUUUAGCUAGUGCAUUAUGGCCAAUGGUAUCAUUAGUCAUUAAAAGUAAUCAGUUAGGAACAGCAUAUGGCAUCAUGCAGGCUAUACAGAAUCUUGGUUUAGCUGUUAUAUCUCUAGUAGCUGGUAUUAUUGUUGAUUCUAAAGGUUACCUUAUUCUAGAAGUCUUCUUUCUCGCCUGGUUGUGUUUGGCAUUGAUAGCUGCUGUAGUAUUAUAUCUGGUUGAUGCUUCAAGAGGUGGACUGUUGAAUCUGUCAUCAACACAAAGACAUUCUAAACCUGAUGAGCUUGCUGUCAAUUAAACCAGAUAUAAUAAACCAGAAAUAGCAGUUUCAUUUGAAAGUUUAUUCACUUUUUAUAUACCAACCCCAUUCAAUUGUCUUCAAAUUACUGUGCCUUAGAUCUAUAAACCAGCUUCGCUAGCUAAUUGUGAUCUAAAGCUAUGAUCUUUAGCAUUCUAUAAAUUUCAGGCAUACACUCUGAAGAACAAUUAAUAUUGAUCUAAACUGCUUUUUUAAUAUCUGUUGAGAUUUGCAUUUGAAAGGGCAAAGAAUAAAUGACUUCAGUUCUAUGCAAAGACUGAUUUGAUCUUUCAAUAACAUUUUCUUUAGAUUUCUGUUUGAGAUUUAAGAAAAGGUUAUAUGCACAUAAAGAAGAGAUAAAUCAAGUUGUUAAAUGUUUAUCUUUUUCAUUUCAGUUAAUCAAGCAUAUGUGUGCCAAAUUUUUUAUAGCCCCAAAAAACAUAAAGUUUAAGUGGGUAUUAAUAUACUUUAAAAAUUUAUUUGUUGAAUAUCACAUGAGGAGUAUUAAACUUUUUUUAAGAAAAUAUUAAAUUUCUCACAGCUUAUAAAUAAUCCAUGCUGAUGUACUCAGAUUGAUUAUUUAACAUUUAGUUAAGAAAACAAAAUCAAAUAAAGAUGGCGACGGGCUUAUUACAAACAGAGCAGCAUAGUUUGAUGGAAAUUUCAAUUUGUCAUAUAUUAUCUAUGUAAUUACUGAAUGAAAUUGAACCAUUUUUCGGCUGUAUAACCCUAUUACUAAAGUCAUUUAGUGAUUAACUUUCACCUUAUUUUAGUUUGCAAAGGAUUGCUAUUGUGCUAAAAUCAUGCUUAGAGUCUUUAACUGUAUAGAUGUGAUGAUAUUUUACAUGUUCCGAAAUACUCUACCAUGUAAAGACCAUACUAUCAAAGUUUACACCAUAUAUUAAAGUUCCAUAUAUUUGUUAAUUGUUGGUUGUUAUUUAUUAGAUAAAGAAAUAUUAUUCACUCAGAAAAGAGCUGAACAAUAUUAUUAAGUGUACAUAACUAAUCUGCUUCAUGAAAACAAGCAGGUCCUAGAAAAAUUAUUUGUUUCAUGUAUUGUCAGUGUAUGUUCAGAAAGGUAAUUAGUUUAAAUUUGUAAAUAUUUCAUUCAAUCAAUUACCUUUUAUCUCAGCCUUUAGCAGUUUGAUAGUUAAAUGUUACAUUUAUUAGAUAAUUAUUUUUGUAUUGAAAACGUGUAUCAUAAUGUGCAUAUUAUAAUAGAAAUAAUGUGCAUAUUAUAAUAGAAAUAAUGUGCAUAUUAUAAUAGAAAUAAUGUGCAUAUUAUAAUAAAAAAAAGUGCAUAUUUUAAUCUUCGCUUUAGUUACUGUAAACACUAAAUUAAGGUAAUGCAUCAUAAAAGUAAUGUGACCUGAAGGGAGUAAGCAUCAAUGUGUACUGCUACUACAAUUAAUGCGAUCCACCAUGUCAUCAUUUCUAAAAUUAGGACAAAAAUUAUAACUGGGUGGCUUCUUCUUAGUUCAAUGAUAAACCAACGAGGUUUGACAGGCGACCCUACUCCUUGUAACGUACAGGUCUGGAAUCGAAACCAUGCCGCUUGAUUCCGACCUUGUGAUUUCAUGCGCACGCGUUAAACCACUAGACCAUCCCCCCACCCCCUGCUGUUUUAAGAUGCAUUAUGCAAGAGCUAAAUCUGCCUAUAGCAGGUCUUUCUUUUGGCCUUAAAUGUUAUAUAAAUUAUUAAUUAGACAUUAAUUAACUUAUCCAGACCAUAAUCAACUCUCGAUGCCAAUGGAUGCUUUAUCUUUUCAACGGAUUUAAGCAUGGAUAAUCGAGACUCCAAACAGCCUUAACAUCGCUCAGAAUAGAGUAAUUUGACUGAAAUUUUCAAGACAUUCCCUUUUCAUUAUCUAGUUUUUAACUAUUAUUAUUAUAGCAAGAAUUGUCAGCUCUUUAUCUAAAUCUUACAUGAUGCAUCUUUACACCAUUGUUGUGUUUUUAUCAACCUCUAACUAAUUAAUUAUUGCUGAUUAUUUUUUAUUUUUUUGAGUGCUAUUGGUUUACUCUUGGAACUUCUCAAAUAAAUAGAAAAUACAUAUCAUAUAUAUGCAGUAAAAAAUUGUAGGACAAAUAUGUAGACAGUUUUUCAGAUUUUAUUUGUGUUCAAAUUAAUAAUGGUCUUGUCUGUAUACUACAUAUAUUUGUUAAUAUAGUAUUGGGUAAAUACACUUUGUAAAGGAGUUUCCUUUUGUUACCACACAGCCCUUCAUAAUGUAGAAUGGCAACAUUAAAAUGUACUAAAUUUAUGAUGGAAAAGAUUUUUGGCAAUAAUACUUUGUAUUGUUUUUUUUUAUAUUUAUUAUUAGAAUUUCAUUUUGAAAAUAAAAUAUAUGUGUAUGUACAUAUUAUAUUGAUUGUAAAUAUUUCUAGCAUAGAUCUUUUUAUAAAGAAAAUAAAUCAGAUUCUAAUUUAAAUUAAUUAUCAUACUAUGUUUCAUUUUCUUACACAUUACCUUUUUAGUUCAUCAUUUAACACAUAAAGAUAUAGAAAAAUGUAUUUAAAA